AUGGCCAAGGUCGAUCACAAGGUCGCUCUCAUCGUCAUUGACGGAUGGGGCGUGGCCACCGAGAAAUCGCCCAAGGACGGCAAUGCGAUCGCCGCCGCCGAGACCCCCUUCAUGUCCGGUUUUGCCGAGGCCAACUCCAAGUCUGCCCAGGGCUACACUGAGCUGGACGCCUCGUCGCUGGCUGUCGGUCUGCCCGAGGGUCUCAUGGGUAACAGUGAAGUCGGUCACUUGAACAUCGGUGCCGGUCGCGUGGUCUGGCAGGACAGUGUCCGCAUUGACCAGACCCUCAAGAAUGGCGAGCUCAACAAGAUCGAGAACAUUGACAAGUCAUUCACACGCGCCAAGGAGGGCAAUGGCCGUCUCCACCUGCUGGGGUUGGUCUCCGAUGGUGGUGUACACUCCAACAUCACGCACCUGAUCGGCUUGCUCAAGGUCGCCAAGGAGAAGGAGAUCCCUCAUGUCUUUAUUCACUUCUUCGGUGAUGGCCGUGACACUGAUCCCAAGAGCUCCGCCAAGUACAUGCAGCAACUGCUCGAUGCCACCAAGGAGGUUGGCGUUGGUGAGAUCGCCACCGUCGUGGGCCGCUACUGGGCCAUGGACCGUGACAAGCGCUGGGACAGAGUCGAGCUUGCCAUGAAGGGCAUUGUCGAGGGCGAGGGCGAGGAAAGCUCUGACCCCGUCCAGAUUAUCGAGGACCGUUAUGCGAAGGGCGAGAACGACGAGUUCCUGAAGCCCAUCAUCUUCGGCGGAAAGGACCGCCGGGUUCAGGAUGAUGACACCCUCUUCUUCUUCAACUACCGCUCCGACCGAGUUCGUGAGAUCACCCAACUCCUGGGCGACUACGACCGCUCCCCCCGCCCCGACUUCCCCUACCCCAAGAACAUCCACCUCACCACCAUGACCCAAUACAAGACCGACUACACCUUCCCCGUUGCCUUCCCUCCCCAGCACAUGGGCAACGUGCUCGCCGAGUGGCUCGGUAAGAAGGAGGUCAAGCAGUGCCACAUUGCGGAGACGGAGAAGUACGCCCACGUUACCUUCUUCUUCAACGGCGGCGUGGAGAAGCAGUUCGCCGGCGAGGAGCGAGACAUGAUCCCCUCCCCCCGGGUGGCCACCUACGACCUGGACCCCAAGAUGAGCGCCGCCGAUGUGGGCAAGAAGAUGUCCGAGCGCAUCGCCGAGGGCAAGUUCGAGUUCGUCAUGAACAACUUCGCGCCCCCCGACAUGGUCGGUCACACCGGUGUUUACGAGGCUGCCAUCCAGGGUGUGGCUGCCACCGACAAGGCCAUUGGCGAGAUCUACGAAGCUUGCAAGAAGAACAACUAUAUCCUCUUCAUCACCGCGGAUCACGGCAAUGCCGAAGAGAUGCUCAACGACAAGGGCACCCCCAAGACUUCCCACACCACGAACAAGGUCCCCUUCAUCAUGGCCAACGCCCCUGAGGGCUGGUCCCUGAAGGACGACGGUGUGCUCGGCGACGUUGCCCCCACCCUCCUGAAGGCCAUGGGUAUCGACCAGCCCGAGGAGAUGUCUGGCAAGAACCUCCUGGUCCAGUCGUAA